GAAAUAAAAGUUGGUGCUACUAGGCUUUACGCCAUACGGCCUUAGGUUGCUACCUGUGUAAAAUUCAUGUGAUACUCAAAGAUCUUUUACAGCUUGUCAUCUUAAUUGCAUUAAAAUAAUGAACAAGGGUUGGCUUGAACUGGAGAGUGAUCCUGGGCUUUUCACACUUCUUCUGGAAGAUUUUGGUGUUAAAGGUGUUCAAGUGGAAGAAAUUUAUGAUCUCCAAAAGCCUAUGGAAGGGCCAGUUUAUGGUUUUAUUUUCUUAUUUCGAUGGAUAGAAGAGCGUCGUAGUCGACGGAAAGCCAACACAGAAGAUGAGUCAUUUGUUACAGAUGAUGAUGCUGUCAACAGCAUCUUUUUCGCUCAGCAAAUAAUCCCCAACUCCUGUGCAACUCAUGCAUUGUUGAGUGUUUUGCUUAACACCAGCAAAGUUCACCUAGGGGAAACGCUGACACGGGUCAAAGAUUUCACCAGGCACAUGAACCCAGAGGACAAGGGGUAUGCCAUUGGGAACAUGCCAGAUUUAGCACGAGCCCACAACAGCCAUGCUAGACCAGAACCAAAGCACUUGCCAGAAAAGCAGUCUGGGAUUUCUGCAGUCCGUGCUAUGGAUUCUGAAUCUUUUCACUUUGUUAGCUAUGUGCCCAUUAAUGGACAUCUCUUUGAGCUGGAUGGAUUAAAACCUUAUCCAAUAGACCAUGGGCCUUGGGAUAAAACUGAAGAUUGGACAGAGAAAUUUCGCCGGGUAAUCACAGAGCGUCUGGGCAUUGCCACUAGUGGUGAGCCCUAUCAUGAUAUUUGUUUUAACUUGAUGGUGGUGGUCCCUGAUAAGCGACAGUUGUAUGAGCAGAAGCUGACAACACUUCGUACCAACCGUGCCAUUGUGUGGGAUGCUCUCCAGCAGAGUCUGCAACAAGUGGAUCAAGCUCAUGCCACUGCCACCAACAACACUACAUCAAACACCACCACCACAACAACUACAGUAACAACAAAAUCAGUUAAAAAGGAGUCUGAUGAAGAAAACAAAGAGAUUCCAGAGGCAAACGAGUCAUGUGCAGCCAAACGAGAAAAGAAAGCAGACUGUACUAGCUCACAAGGAGAAGCAGCAUCAGACCUUGACAAGAAAACCAAAAAUGAAGGAGACACUAGCAUGGAACAAUCUGCCUGUGUCAAGGAGGAAAGGGAGACUUUAGACGUUACAAAGCCCCUGACCAUUGAGACCAAGUUUACAAACGCUGCAUUAUCAGGGCCCAGCUCUGAAAGCACAGACACAGCAUCAGAGGUGGGAAGCGGGUUCAGUUCCCCUGGCAGCAUCACCGCAGGCUCCUGUCAGAGUAGUCCUCAUCUAACUGCAGAAGCUGAAGAGAAUGGAAGUGGCAUGAAAGAAGAAGGUGAGCGUAAAAGGAAGCGCAGAUCGAACCAUGGAGCAUUUACACCGAAGGAUUUGCUGGACCUGCUGAAGAAUGUUGAAAAUGAGAUUGAACUGUGUGAAGCAACCCUCAAAGAAGAGUAUGAAAAGAGGAAAAAGUAUAAGAUUGAUGACUGCAGGCGGACUCACAAUUAUGACUCCUUUGUCACUACCUUUCUUAAGAUGCUGGCGGAGCAGGGCCACCUUGCCGAGCUGGUUGAACAUAACCUGAUGGGCCCCUGUCGCCCAAGCAACACGCCAACCCGCGCAAAGCCCAGCACUACUGCUACUAGUGCAGGGACUCGAACUUUGACAAAGACUGCGGCUGCAACUGCUGCAAGGCGACGGUCACGGCCGAAGCGGCGAAGGUAGUCUGGAAUCAGAUCAUUGUCUGCUUCUGGUGUUGUGACUGGCUGUGAAGGCCGUGGGGCACAAAGGCAUGGGGCUUGCUUGUAGCCAGCCAGUUAUAUGCAAGAUGCAGUGCUGCUUAACUGAGAAGUUCUUUCAACUACUGUAAAAUUUUUGUUAAUUGCUUUUGGAAGUUGUGCAAUUGGUCAGUUCUUACUUCCUUUUUUUCUUGAAUACAAACUAUUCUUGAUUGCAUCAGUACUUGGAGUGGCUAUUCUUGCCAACUAGCCUGAAUUUGCUUUGUUUCUAAGAUUUUGUGACAUUUGAUGAUAGCCACAGAAAGGCCAUGAGCUUUGUGGAAGCUGCUGAGACUGUAAAGAAGGUGUUUGAGCGAUGUGGCAUUUUUCUUUGACAUUUUGCAAGUGAACUUUCCUGCACAACAUAUAUGCAAAUGUGUCGUGAACAGGUCAGAUGACCUUUUGUGGAUGAGUAGUUAAUUGAUUUGUGGGAAUAAGUUGUCUAGACACCAGACAUUUCACUUAUUUAAGCUCUGCAUCACAAUGUCUGCUGUUUUUUUUUUUUAUUAUUAUUAUAAUUUAUUUUUGUUUUAGACAGAAUCAGGGAUACAUUUCCUGACAGGUGAGACAGAAGAAAAAAAAAAGAGUGAAGAGAGAAUGGUUUUUCGAAAUUCGAAAAUAUUUUUGUAAACAUAAAGAAAAAAUAUAUGUUUUGCUGUGCAGUGUUGCCCAGAAAAACCUAACUCAGGGGAAAAGGAAAGUCACCAGAAGUCGACUCAAAAUUUUUCCUCCUGAUAUGUGCAGGCAUUAACACAGAUAAGUGUACACACACACACAAGCAGACGAAUGUGCAUGCAUGAAUCUAUACACACAUUUAUUCUUUCUUAUCUAAUAACAGAUUGUAAAUGAAGAGUACCAACAGUUAACUGCAUUUAUAAUGGUUCCAAAAGUCGAAAGUGUGAGCACAAAAAGUUAGCAUGGUCAUGAUCAUGACACAAUGGGACAAUUGUGCACCAUAUGGCUGAUUAUUUGUUUAUUUAAGGCUUGGAGCUGUAAAAUUUUCAUAGACUUUGUUGAUAAGGCUAGCGGCUAGCAUUAAGUUAUUCAUCCCUUGACUGGAUGUGCUUGCUGGUACAACCCAAUCAAUGGUAGGACAGGUGUAGCCUGGGGAAACAACUGAAUGCAAUGGCUGACAAGGCUUGCCGUGUAGGCCCGUGUUGAGGAGCAGUAAGCAUGAUGUAGUCAGUCGGUUAUUGUAAUUUUUUUUUUUUUUUUGUCUACCUCUGUGUUAACCACCUUCCAGCAUCCAUUGAAAUAGUCAUACUCCAUGAGAUGACCAACCCAGAUAAGCUUGUGCUUGGGGAAGCAGCUAGCCAAGUGGUUAGAGCGCUGGUGUCUGAACUGAGAGCACAUUGAUUCAAUACCCAAUUAGCGCAGCAAACUUCCCCCAUUCAACCCAUCUGGCGGGAAUGGAUACCUGACUCCUUAGAGAGUUGGGAAAGGUAAGGCAGCGAGGGAGAGGAGAUGGACAUCUCCCUCAAAUAAAGCUGGCCCCAAGAAAAGUGAGGUCUCUAGCACCUCACCCCACAAAGACCUGAAAAGAUUAGGAGAGGACUUUUACCUUACCUUUUACUGUGCUGUUACCAGAUGAUGCUCCUGGUAGUUCAUGAUGCAGCUGUGGUAACUUUGGUAUUAUUGUCCUAAAGAGUUAUUUGUUCCUUUUUUUAUAUAACGACCUUUUGAUGUGUUGGACGAGGUAGUCCUGAUUUUGUUAAUUAAUUAGUUGAUUUUUGUGAAAUUAUCUGUCAGAGUGAGCAAGCAUAGCCACCUGCUAGAGGAUAUAUUCAUUAUUUAUUAAUCACUGUGUUUUACCUGUUCUUAUGGCUGUUAAAAGUAAGAACUCAGGGUUUAUGUUUGUCAUGUAAUGGUGAUCUAUACAAGGUGGAGCAUUAAGCAGUGAAGAAAUCGAACCUCUGAGUGCAUUCCUGUUUUCAAAGUAUUACAGAACAUGACCUCAAAUAUCAGUUGCAAGUGCUGUCUUUUGCACAAGCAGCCACCAAGUAAGCUGAAAAUACCUAAUGCAUGUUAUGUUUGGUUGUUUUUUGUGUAUGUGUGUGUCCACAGACUAGUUUUAAAGGACUGUUUACUUUGAUUUUAUAAAUUUAUGAAUUGUUGUACAGAUUUAGACUGGUGGCUAAGUCAUGAACCUUGAGUAAGUAGACAGAGGACAAGUCAUGGAUUUGUAUAUAUAAACUAAAUUCCUUAUGUUUUGCUGCUCAUUCUCUUUAUUCAGUUCUUAAUCAUUCAUACUGAGUUUGAACUGUCCCAUAUUCUUUUUUUGUGAACUCUGUUUCAUGUGCCUUUUAUAAUACCACUUGUGUUCAAAUAAAUGAGCAUGCAAUAAAACAUGGCCAUCCAUGAUGUUAAGUUGCAUGAGAAAAUCAGCAUUUGCUAACCCUACGAUGCUUCGUAGUAUUAAGAGAUUUUUGUUGUUGACACUGUUUUUGUUUGAUUCUUUUGACUGACCUACUGUCCUCUUGGCUGCUGUGCCCAUCCUUCUGUUACUCUUUUCCACAUCUUUAUUUGAAGUCUCAGGAAUUCUUUUAGAGUAUUGUUGGUCUUGACUGCUUCAAGAUGUAGUUCAAUCAGUUUCACUUCCAUAGGAACUGUUUCAGAUAGGCUUGACACAGACAGUAAAGAAGAGAAAGUGUGGAGGUGUAAACAAUGGCUGUCGCUUUCACCUGACACUUCCAGGUGUUGUUGCCUUGAGGCCUUUUAGCAUGAGAAAGAAAAUGUUUAUUAUUCACUCUUUGUACAGUGUUUUAUGAGCAUCAUUUUAAUGCCAGAAUCUUAGACUUUUGCAUACUAGGCUGAUCUUGUCGGAAAAUGUUGCCUUUCUUGGAUACAUUUUUAUAAAAGCAAAUAAAUCCAUGCAGUGACAUUUUGGAUUUAUGUACAUUAACAUAAAGAAAAAAGUGUAAAAACAAGUAGCUUGCUGAUACGCUAGUAAUGAGUAGAAAGGUGGUCAGUGUGGUUAGCUGACUUAGACCUCCAGCAUGUCAGGAGCCUCCGGGAUUGUAUACCUCUAGUUCAAUGGCUGACGCCUAGCAGUCUGCUGAAAGUAAAAAGUAUGAGAGUGCUAGAGGUUACAGCUAGUUAGUAGUUAGCACACUGUGUACAUGGCCUCACACAAUGCCACGCCAGCUUGCCUCUUGUCAUGUUGAUACAGCUUUGUAAGGAAAAUAUUUUUGAGUUUCAGGGAGAUUCAGCAAAAUUCAAAAGAGAAUAAAUAUUAUUGAAAGAAAAAA